GAUUGGUGUUAGUAACUUGAAAGUCUGUAUUACAUGCUGUUGGCGUGCAUGCUUUUUAUUUGGAUUCAUGAAGCAAUACAAAGGGGUUGACAAACACUGUUUGUGUUGUUUUGAAUUGGGUGGACGAAGACAGGAACCGUGAAAUAUCAACAUGUUUGCGGUGUGAAAAAUCCGUAGGUUAUGGCGCUGUACGAACAAAAAAAACAUUUAUCCAUACAUAUUGUAGUUUUCAAUUACGAUGUUUGAGUCUCUACCUAUACGUGCAAGGUCACCCCUGAUUAAUAUAACCUAACCUGUCAGAUUAUUUACCCUGCUACACUACAUUUUCAUUAAUGAAUGAAUUAUAAAAUGAGUAAUGGAGAAAAACAAAAACGACCUACCUGUUUGAUAUGUGGCGGUCCAAUUUCAUCCAGUAAUUACGGUGUAUUUUGUACGGUUGUACCUAAUACUGAUACGCUGCUUGCCAAUGCAGUGGAGAAAAUUGUAUGCAAGAAACUUGUACGGUCUGUAUUGUCAGCAGCAUCCAUCUGUGCAAAAUGUUUUUCCCUUUUUGAGGAAUUAGCAUGCGCCGAAACAAAGUGCACAUCCAUCAAGAAAAAAAUUCUAACAUUUUUUGAAAGAAAUUCCCAUAGAAUAAAAAAUGGUAUACAGGAUAUUCAGGGUGUAGCGUGUCAGACAGAAGAUGUGAUAGAAAUUAACAGUGUUGUUGAGAAACCAGAUGAUAAACUGAAAGAGGAGGAAUGUGAACCAGAUACUGAAAAUUCUUGUGAGAAAUCUACUACAGAACAGAAGACUGAUACUGGCAAAGUUACCCCUCGAACUUCAAUAGUUGCAGCUGGGAAAGCAGGAGCUUACAGUAAGAGAAAAGGAAGACCAGCACGAAAACCACAUACAUCUAAACAAAUUUCUAACAAGUUAUCCAGUGGUCAAGGAAAAGAUGUUCAUCGAGUUCGGCGUUAUAUACACCCAUGCUCACUUUGUGGUAGACUUUUUCGUCGUCCUUGUGAGGUAAAACAGCAUUUGUUGUCCCAUGGGGGUGCAAAGCCUUAUCAGUGCCGUGAUUGUGGGAAAAAGUUUGGCUCAAAAUCAGGUGCAGGUAUUCAUGCUCUGAAGAAGCAUGGUAAAGAUAUAACUGAAGAAAAUAUAAUUGACUUGUGUAAGGAUGGUACUUUUAUAAACUCUUCUUCUGACCAGGUAAAUAUGAUGGUUGAAAGAGACAAUAAAGUGAAGAAGGAAGUAGAUGAUCACAGAGACAAUGACACAACAAGUAGUGAUGAUGAUUUUGAGUGGAAAAUGGAUGAAGAAGAAAUUUUUGGUAUGUUUAGUAGUGAGGGGCAAAAAUUUGACUCUGUAACCAACUCACCAGACAAAGGUACAUCUAGUGAAACUGAACAAAAUGGAACUGUUAAUGUUAAAAAUGAAGAUGUUAAAAAAGAUAUUACCGAAGACAAGAGCAAAGAGGAAGAAGCAAAGCUAUCUGAUACUGGAAAAUCUUCACAAGGACCAAGAAAUAAUGAAGAGAAUAAUGACAGCAAAGACGACAAGAGGGCCAGAAAAGAAAAGAAAAGAAAGCGGGAGCCAGCACCGAAGGUACCAAAACACGAGUGUGGUAUCUGUGGUAAGAAGUGGCGAACUAUGAGUGAAUAUAGAUCACAUGUUGCGACUCACAGUGAUGAAAGACCAUACAUUUGUGAAAUUUGUGGGCAAGCGUAUAAACACAAACCAGCACUAGAUAUUCAUGUUGGGAUGCAUAAUGGUAUAAAUCCCUUCUGUUGCCCCUACUGCAACAAGGCAUUCACCCAAAAGGGAGCACUUCAACGCCAUAUGCCCAUACACACUGGGGAAGCACCAUUCCAGUGUGAACUUUGUGGAAAGCGAUUUGUACAUCAUACAAGUUUCAAUAUGCACACAUUGGCCCACACUGGUCAGAAGAGUUACAAAUGUGGUCUCUGUGGCUUGGCACUGCUGUCUGGAUCACACCUUAAGCGACACUCAAGAGUCCACACAGGAGAGCGACCUUAUCAGUGCCAGACAUGUGGAAAACGUUUUGCCGAGAGAUACAACUUAGUUGCUCAUACACGAGUCCAUGACACUAGCUCUAACUCUGGUGUAAGAGAUGGAGGCUACAAGAAACAUCACAGGUGUCAGUUGUGUGGAGCGAGAUUCGACCGAAGACCGAAGUUGGACCAUCACAUGGCUCUCUGUCACAAUAAGCUAGGAGAGUCAGAAGACAACCAAAAAUGGAUAGGUCAUACUAUGACUGAAGAGUCAAGUAAACAGACAGCCAGUGAUCUGGGUACUAUGAUGCCAUCAGCGACACUGAGUCAACCCCACUUGCACAAUGUAGCACCAACUUCUGCUCAUCAGCACCGCCCGCUUUUACUUCACACAGUUCAUGGACAAACACAUGGACCAGAUCAUGAACAUAGUCACACUCAUGGUUCAAAGGUGACAGCAGCUCAUUCACAUGGUCAUCCCCAUGCACAUCCACUCCUGGCAGCUGCAGCAGCUCAUCAGACUCUGAGUGUUCCAAACCAGCACCAGCAAAAUUGGCAUCAAAUUAUUUUUGGUGGAAAUGGUGGUGUGAGGGCAGAAGAUGGAGCAGGUAACUUGUUAGAUGGAGUUCCACAAGUUAAGGUAGGAAUUCAAAGUGCAGGUAUAAAUGGAACUGCACAGCAUCGGCUUCUUACAGAGAUGCCAUCUUUGGGGCACAAUACUCAAAACCACAGUGUUGGAGUAAGCAUAGGCACUGGUCGAAAUGUACUGGCAUCUUGCUUAGCAGCUGCUGCACCACAUCAUCUUGUGGCAAACAGUCAUGCUCCACAUUUAACAAAUCAUCAUUCAGUUACACAGUCUCGAGUGAAUAUGUUUUCUUCUGGUGAAAGCUGAAAAUUUUUGAGUCCUUCCUUAGAUCAAAUUGGUAUUGGUGCUUUCAGUCAAUGCUUUGACAAGGGCAGUGUUAUCUCUUCACAGAGAAUGUUGUAGCAACCUCAAGGAGAUUAUAAAGGUCAGUUUCCAUUUUGCAACACUUAGUUGUAAAAGUGAAGUGUUCUGGUCAUAUCUUCAUUUUCUACCAUAUCAGAUUUAUGCAGUGUGAGAGAACAUCAGAGAACAUUCCAAUGAAAUUUCCAUUCAUAGCAUUCUGAUUAUAAAACUAUUUAUUGGUUUGCCACUAUGACACAGAAAAAACAAAAUCAGGGAUACCAGUUAAAACAAUGCCAUCAAUUCAACUGAGGCAGCUGAAAGUAAAAUAUUGUUAUAGACAUAUUUUCAUCAUUGUCUUGCAAGUGUAUCAGAAAAAAAUAUGAAAUACAUGAAGUCGAUAUGUCAUUCAACUUAUCCAUUGGGAAUUUUUACUAAUUUAGCAGGAGAUAUGUUUUGCAGUCGACAUUAGAGAUGUGUCUAGAAAGAAAUCAUGACAUUUGUGGAUGAAAGGGAGGAAAGUAUUGGAAGUUAUAAAGGUCUGUUGGCACUGAAUAUCAUAGUUAUAGCAGAAGUUAGAAACUAGCAUGUAUGAAAUUCCGACAGGAGAUGAAGAGGUUCAGUCCCAUAAAUCAGAAUCAGUUUGGAGCAUGAACACACAGAGCACAUGUAGAUUAUUUCAGCCAAGAAAUAGAGAAUCAGUUGGUUACUAUUGUGAAUACUUUCCAUAGUUUGUAACAGAAGAGUCUGUGGAGUGUGGGAGCUCCGUACAGCUGUGAUUGCCUUUGUGGUAGGAGCUGUGUGAGAAAGCAAGCUCUGCUGUCCUUUUGCAGUGCUGGUUCCACAAAUGAGCUGGGUGCUUUAUAAUGGGGAGCUGUACCUUUUCUCUGUUGAGUCAUUGCUUCAUCACUCAUUUUGAAACACACAAACAAAAUGCCUUCAAAAUGACUUGAAUAAUUGAAAUACUUUUUUUUUGCUAAGUGUUCGUUUGUUUAUCAUAACCCUUCUCUUUUCCCCAAAACGAAACAGAGUCGUGUUGAGUGCUUGUUGUUCGUAGCAGAAAUUACUAAGCUUUCUGGCUUAGUCUGUCCAGAAAGUAUAAAGUGGUGGAGAGAAUGCUUUGUGUUUAAAAGUUGUAGGCUUUUUUUCAUACUAAAUUGCAGAAUUUUUAUUUCAUUCACCAUUUUGUAUCCCUCUGACUAUUUGAGAAUGUUCUUAUUUUUUGUCAUAUUCCACCCACAUUUUCUUGUGCAGAUAUAAGAAAUUCAUCUGACAAAAACCUUGUGGUGUAUACUAGAACACAAUGACUGUGUAACACUUAAUAUGACAUCCAAAGCAGCUUUUGACAUUUAAGUCUUUUCACAGGUGUGCUGUAUUUCAACAACCCCUCAAUUUAUGUAGUAUUUCCUUGUAGACAGGGUCUUGACAGUGGGUGACCACAGUUGUACUAUCUUCCUCCAACAACUAAUAGCACUUUGUGAAUUUCUAUUAGCACAUAUUUGCAUUAGUGUGUUUGUUAACUCUGUGCAAGAGAAUUAGGAAUUAAUUUGGUCUCUCUCUUUCUCUCUCUGACACACACACA